AUGGAAGUUCGUAAUGAUGUGAAAAAUCUAAAGGUGAGUAUUAAUUUUCUUCUAAGAGAAAGUGAACAGCAAAAUCUAUCACAAAAGAUAAAAGAUGAAUUGAUGAAAAUCCAAGUGAUUUCAGAGAAGUUGUACAAAUCGGAGCUAAAUGGCAAAGAAAAAUGUGAAUUGGAAGAAGAAAUCAAAAACUUGAAGGAAAAAGUAAUAGAAUUGGAAAAGAAAAGAAAAACUUUGAAAGUAAAUAAACUGAUAAUAAAGAAAAAGUUGCUCGCUUGGGGAAUGACCUUCUUCAAAAAAAGGACAGAUAACAGAAUUGAAUGA